AAAAACCCAAUUUCCAACUUUCGUUUGUCGGCUCUCCACCGAGUCCAUCGUCUUUCUCUGGAGACUGGCAACAAAUUUCACUCCUUCAAUUUGGUUCCAAGAAAAUCUACAGGGAAAAUUACGAAGGACCUCGGCCCUUACCCGCAAUCAAUGUUCAGUGGUCCCGGGAAGAUGGGCCGUGGCGGCGGGGGAGUCGUCCGGAAGAGGAACAUUCGCGCGCCGCCAAUCAGCCGCGCCAGCCGUCCGUCCAUGGGCGGCGUCCCUCGGGGACGCAGCGGGGCGCCACCGGCGGCAGCGUCGUCCCCGUCCACCUCGUCGAUGCAGGUGGACGAGAGUUUCAGACUUGUCAGGGAGAAUCCUUUGAAAUUCGGGAUGGCGAUAAAGCUGGCGCCUGACCUGGUGGAGGAGAUCAAGCGCGUGGAGGCGGAGGGUGGCGGUGCGCGCAUCAAGUUCGACGUGAAUGCGAAUAAUCCCAGUGGGAAUGUUAUUCAUGUUGGAGAUAAAAUCUUCAGAUUCACAUGGUCUAGGGAACCAGGAGAUUUGUGUGACAUUUAUGAAGAACGUCAAAAUGGUGAAGAUGGAAAUGGGUUUCUUGUUGAAUCAGGAGGCACUUGGCGUAAGCUGAAUGUAGAGCGAGAAUUAGAUGAAUCGACUAAAAAUCAUGUUAAAUGGCGAUCAGAAGAAGCUGAGCGCAAGCAUAAAUCACGAAAAGCUAUUGUAUUAGACCAUCAAAACCCCUCUAUGAAGAAUCAAGUAAAGGCUCUUGCUGCUGCCGAGUCUAAUCCAUGGAGAAAUUCUAAGAACCGGAAAGAACCUCCUUUCAAAAAGGCGAAACUGAACCCACCUUCAGGCGGGCCUCCUAAAUCUACCAAUAAAUCUACUGUGCUGAAAACAACUGUUUCCAAGGGUAAAAUCUCAUCUGGCUCACCCGUGUCUUCCCAACCAGAACAACUCGGAGGGCCAGCAUUCCCAGCUGGAGGUGGCAAUCAUGUGAAUGGGCGUGUGGACAUUACAGAUGCCGCACUCACUCAAAAUACGAAUAUUAUUGCCAGCUCAGGGAAAGAAAUGUCCUGCAAGUGGCCACAUAGUAUUAUCCGAGGCAAAUCUAAACACAGUAGGAACACGGAGGCCAAACCUGCUGAUUUGAAAAGUUUGGUGAUCUCACUACUUCAGGAGAACCAACCUAAGGGCAUGAGCCUUAAGGCCUUGGAGAAAGCCAUCGGAGAGGUUAUGCCCAACUCAGCCCUUCAAAUCGACCCUAUCUUGAAAAAAGUUGCAGUUUUUCAAUCUCCUGGGAGAUAUUUAUUGAAGCAAGGACCAGAGAAGGAAAGCGUGAAGAAACCACCUUCUGAAAGUGGAAGUUUCCCAGCCACCUAUCGCCACCAACUAGACCCCAUGGCAACAUCUGCCAACAACGAGCAAGAAAAUGGAAAACUCAACUCUACUUCUCCUCCACUCACCAUAGAUAAGCCUACAGAUAAAACCGACACACUUCCGAGACAACAGCUGAGUGACGGCAAGGCUGCCGCCGCCGAAAACAGCUCAAGCGACAGCUCGAGCGGCAGCUCAAGCGACAGCGAUAGCAGUGACAGCGGUAGCUCGAGUCGGAGCCACAGCAGCCAGCUGGCGUCCGACGAGGACAUCAACAUCAUGAGCGAUGAUGAGCUGGCGAGGCCUGAGCCAUAUGGUCCCCACCGAGAUGCUAAUUGUGCAUCUCCCAAGAGGUUUGUGAGCGGGAAGAACUCGAGCCAUCCGGUUGCAGGGACUAUAAGCUCUCUUUUUGGGGAUAGUCCCAAUGAGAACUCGUCCCCUGACAGGCCCUCACAGAGUCCCUCACAGAGGCCCGUCGUCGACAUUGUGGCCCAAAGCUCGGAAGGUAAUAAAAGUAGAUUUGCUGAUGCUGGGCCGGGCCAGGCCCGAAGUUCGGAAGGUGAUAAAAGUAGAUUUGCUGAUGCGGGGCCGGGCCAGGCCCAAAGCUUGGAAGGUGAUAAAAGUAGAUUUGCUGAUGCGGGGCCGGGCCAGGCCCAAAGCUCGGAAGGUCAUGGUGAUGUCACUAGAAGAUUGCCCGUCAGUGCAACAGAGCAGCAGCAGAAGAAGCAUGACCCUGUUCGAGGAGUUGGGCCUGUUCAAACAAAAGUAAGCAAGAAACAGAAAUCAAAUGUGAAUGGCAAUUUGAAUGGCAGGCAAGCAGAUGCUUCUUUGAGAGGUAUUAAUGACAGUGGUCGAAAGAUGAAAGAAUCUUCUCGAGAUGUGGACAUUUUGUAUGCCAAAUACGAUAAGAAAGAGCCUGAGCUGAACGGUCCAAUAAAGGAUGUUUCUCAGUACAAAGAAUAUGUGAAGGAAUAUCAAGAGAAAUAUGAGAGUUAUCGUUCCUUGAACAAAAUCUUGGAGGAUUACAGGGAUGAAUUCACUAAAUAUGGGAAGGAUCUCGAGACUUAUAAAGGAAGGGAUAUGAAGAGAUAUCAUGAGAUCUUGAAGCAGAUGAGACUAUCAUUUCAUCAAUGUGGAGAGGUACUUAAUGCUUGUUCCGCGCGGUGUCCUAUUUAUGACAUAAUAAGGAAACAUAAACGGCAAAAGAAAAUAUUUAUCGUGCUCUAUGAAGAACUAAAGCAUUUGAAACAGAUGAUCAAGGAUUACACAGUCUCGUAUAAAUGAGACUGAUUGUCAUACGAUAUUUGCCUGCCCGAGUAUUGAAUUGUUGGUUGUUUCAUUGGCUUGAAACCUCACGGGCCCACGAAAGCUGGUGUUGAGUAAGUGAAGGUUUCCCGAUGACUGUUCGAUUAUUUACUGCGGUGCAGAAUGAAUGGAGAUCUGUCAGUUUUGUAUGAAGUUGUAAAUAUUGAGCUGUACAAUACUUUUGCAUGUUUUCUUAAACUUAAGUUGGCACUCCUUUAUCCAGUGCUAUCAAAUUUUGACGUUUUUUAUAUAGUUUAGUUGAUGGUGGGAGAAGUUUUUUAACAGGAAACCAAGUGCUUCAAUUUUUUCUUUAUUCUUUAGUCACUGUGAAUGUGAGCUGAUGCUUCUGUUUUCUGUUGUUACACGGUUAACUAAUUAACCUUAUCAAUAAUUUAUUGCAAGGGAAAUUGGGGAUCAAAAGGACCACAUUCAGAUUUGGCUGUUGUAAGUUUAUGUUUGUAAAUAAAUUUGUGUAGAGAUUGAACAUUAAUAUAAGUUUUUUGUUUUGGGAAAUUUUUGUAAAUGAAAAAGUGAAAAAGGUUUUAUUUUUGUGAAGUGUGAUAGAUUUUGGAACCGCGAAUGAAUAUGAG